GCGAGAGCGAGAGAAGACGGGGCUCCCUUUCUGCUUCGAGAAGGAACGGUGCAGAGGGGUGAAGGUGGCUCGUUCUCAAGAAGGUCUCUUGGAAGCUUGGAAGAGACAGAUACAACAAUUUAACCGGGUCAGCCUCGAGAUGGCUGAGGCUAUCGUGUCUGUCUACCCUUCUCCUCAGCUUCUGUACCAGGCCUACAGCAGAUGCUCCUCGGAGCAGGAGAAGGAAAACCUGCUGGUGAAUAUCCCCGUGUGCCGCGGCGACGGUGUGACAGCCACCUCCCGGCGGAUCGGCCCAGAGCUCUCUCGCCGGAUCUAUCUGCAGAUGACGGCCCCCGAUCCUGGCCUCUAUUUGUAUUUCACUGGGUAG